AUGGCGGCCCACGCUACCGACAAUGAAGCCGCAGUCCAUGAGGUUACCACUGGAGGUGCGCCCGGCGUCAAGCCAAGGAGUGCCCUUCUCAAUACUGAGGCUGUGGAUGACAUCUCUGCGGAUGAUCAUGAGCAGCGCAUGAAGGACCGCGCGCUUCUCUCUGCCGAAGAAGAGAAGAAGCUCCUGCGCCGCGUCGACUUUCGCUUGAUGAUUCUGUGCGCUGUCAUCUUCAUGAUCAAAAACGUCGAUUCAAAUAACGUCGCAAAUGCCAGAAUCAUGAACAAGGGCACCCCCCGGAACAUCAUGACGCAGCUCAAGAUGACUGCUGAUGACUAUAACUGGGUCAGCACAAUUUACAACAUUCCGUUCAUGAUUUGCGAGAUUCCCACCAACAUGGUCGUGAAAAAGAUGCUCCCUUCACGAUUCCAGUCGCGCAUCAUGGCCGAGUCUGGCAUGUUUCCAGGUAUUAUUCUGCAGAUGAGCUACUGGUACCGCGCCGAUGAGAUGACUCCCCGGCUCUUGAUCUUUUACUCAUUCGAAUUCUUUGCCAACAUUGUUAGUGCUGUCCUGGCCUAUGGGUUCAGCGGCAUGAACGGGCGACAUGGCUUGUCCGGCUGGCAAUGGUUCUUCCUGGUUGAGGGUGUGAUUACGAUUGGCUUCGGCGUUUUGCUUCUCUUCAUCUUCCCUGACUUUCCCGCGCAGGCCAAAUGGUUGACCGACAAGGAAAAGCGAUUCCUCCAAGCUCGCCUACCACCAAAUGCCCCUCGUUCUUCCGAGAGCAAUUUCAAGGCGAGCGAGAUCUGGGAUACCAUGAAGGACCAACGUCUCUGGUGGUUUGCGUUCAUCUGGGCCACCAAGACGAUUGGUAGCACUGGUCUUUCGUUCUACUUGCCGACCAUUGUCGCCAGUCUGGGACUUGCUUCCAUCGCCGAAAGCCAGCUGCUCACCAUCCCAUCUUCGGUUCUAGCUAUUAUUCUCAUCGCUGUCAGCGGUUACUUGACCAACUCGCUGGCUGUGCCGUACCCCCUUGUGGCACUGGUGUACCUGGUCUCUAAUUUAGCGUGCUACGGUGUCAUGGUUGCAUACCCGAAUAACGGAGGCGUGUAUGCUGCUACCCUUAUUGCCGCGGGCGUCUCGCUGGCCUGGUUCGCUACCAUGUGGCCAUGGCGUCUCCAGACGACGUUCAGGGCAACGGGUUCGGCCUUUGCUAUCGCAUGGGUGAACGCCCUUGGUGGCAUUGGUACUAUUGUCGGUCCCCAGAUCUUUCGUUCCAAGUACGCACCCGAGUAUACAGUGUCGUUUGCGGUGGCCAUGGGCAUGACAGGCGCGUGCAUCCUUGCCAUCUGCUGGACUUGGUGGAUCACAAGGGAGACGGAGAGGCAGACCCGUCACCUGAGGAAGAAACGUCUCGCCGCACACAAAACCAACGAGGUCAUCUUGGAUGAUGUUGACAUCGAUGCUGACUUCAAGACACCGAAGGUGCACUCUUAG